CUUUGAGCCGGAACCGCGGGUGAACUUGGGCGCCACGUUCCCGGCGAAGGGUCCCGGAGGAUGGUGAAUGCGAGCUGCCGCUGACCCUGAUUCCACCACUGCUUCUUGGGGGCAGGCGAGCGCGGGCCCCCCACCCCACCCUGGUCUCCUCCCUUUGCCCGGCUGUGGGUGAACCUGCAGGCUCCUUACCCACCCAGACGACUUUUUCUUGAAAGGAAAUCAGGGAGGGAGGGAGAGGGAGAAGUGGGAGAAAAGGAAGGGGAGCUCGUCCAUCCUUUGAAGCACAGUUCACUAUGAUCUUACUCACAUUCAGCACUGGAAGACGGUUGGAUUUCGUGCAUCGUUCGGGGGUUUUUUUCUUGCAAACCUUGCUUUGGAUUUUAUGUGCUACCGUCUGCGGAACGGAGCAGUAUUUCAAUGUGGAGGUUUGGUUACAAAAGUACGGCUACCUUCCACCAACUGACCCCAGAAUGUCAGUGCUGCGCUCUGCAGAGACCAUGCAGUCCGCUCUAGCUGCUAUGCAGCAGUUCUACGGCAUUAACAUGACAGGAAAAGUGGACCGAAACACAAUUGACUGGAUGAAGAAGCCUCGAUGUGGUGUACCUGAUCAGACAAGAGGUAGCUCCAAAUUUAAUAUUCGUCGAAAGCGGUAUGCAUUAACAGGACAGAAGUGGCAGCACAAACACAUCACUUACAGUAUAAAGAACGUAACUCCAAAAGUAGGAGAUCCUGAAACCCGUAAAGCUAUUCGCCGUGCCUUUGAUGUGUGGCAGAAUGUAACUCCUCUGACAUUUGAAGAAGUUCCCUACAGUGAAUUAGAAAAUGGAAAACGGGAUGUGGAUAUAACCAUCAUUUUUGCAUCUGGUUUUCAUGGAGACAGUUCUCCCUUUGAUGGAGAGGGAGGAUUUUUGGCACAUGCCUAUUUCCCUGGACCAGGAAUUGGGGGAGAUACUCAUUUUGACUCUGAUGAGCCAUGGACACUAGGAAAUCCUAAUCAUGAUGGAAAUGAUUUAUUUCUCGUAGCAGUUCAUGAGCUGGGGCAUGCUCUGGGAUUGGAGCAUUCCAACGACCCCACGGCCAUCAUGGCUCCAUUUUACCAGUACAUGGAAACUGACAACUUCAAACUACCUAAUGAUGAUUUGCAGGGCAUCCAGAAGAUAUAUGGUCCACCUGACAAGAUUCCUCCACCUACGAGACCCUUACCGACAGUGCCCCCACACCGCUCCAUUCCUCCCGCUGACCCAAGGAAGAACGACAAGCCCAAACCUCCCCGGCCACCGACUGGCAGACCUUCCUAUCCUGGAGCCAAACCCAACAUCUGUGAUGGGAAUUUUAACACUCUAGCUAUUCUUCGUCGUGAGAUGUUUGUUUUCAAGGACCAGUGGUUUUGGCGAGUGAGAAACAACAGGGUGAUGGAUGGAUACCCCAUGCAAAUUACAUACUUCUGGCGGGGCUUACCUCCUAGUAUUGAUGCGGUGUAUGAGAACAGUGACGGGAAUUUUGUCUUCUUUAAAGGUAACAAAUAUUGGGUGUUCAAGGACACAACUCUUCAACCUGGUUACCCUCAUGACUUGAUUACCCUUGGAAGUGGAAUUCCUCCACAUGGUAUUGAUUCAGCCAUUUGGUGGGAAGAUGUUGGGAAAACCUAUUUCUUCAAGGGGGACAGGUAUUGGAGAUAUAGUGAAGAAAUGAAAACCAUGGAUCCUGGCUAUCCCAAACCAAUCACAGUCUGGAAAGGUAUCCCUGAAUCUCCUCAGGGAGCCUUUGUGCACAAAGAAAAUGGCUUUACCUACUUCUACAAAGGAAAGGAGUAUUGGAAAUUCAACAACCAGAUACUCAAGGUAGAACCUGGAUAUCCCAGAUCCAUCCUCAAGGAUUUUAUGGGCUGUGAUGGACCAACAGACAGAGAGAAAGAAGGACACAGCCCACCAGACGAUGUAGACAUUGUCAUCAAACUGGACAACACAGCCAGCACUGUGAAAGCCAUAGCUAUUGUCAUUCCCUGCAUCUUGGCCUUAUGCCUCCUUGUAUUGGUUUACACUGUGUUCCAGUUCAAGAGGAAAGGAACACCCCGCCACAUACUGUACUGUAAACGCUCUAUGCAAGAGUGGGUGUGAUGUAGGGUUUUUACUUUCUUUCUUUUCCAGGAGUUUGUGGUAACUUGAGAUUCAAGACAAGAGCUGUUAUGCUGUUUCCUAGCUAGGAGCAGGCUUGUGGCAGCCUGAUUCGAGGCUGACCUUUCAAACCCAGAGGGUUGCUGGUCCUGCACAUGAGUGGAAAUACACUCGUGGGGAAGCUUCCAUGAUGCACAG